AACAUAUUUGUUAACUGUUAUCACUUCUGUCUCUUCUAACUCCAUAAAGUUUUACUAGAUCCACCUUUCACUUGGCUAGUUUCUCCCACUUUCAUUUUUGACAUUGCUGACCCCAUUUCUGUCUCAAACUCACGUCAAGGACCAUGGCGGGACUAACAUUACUGUUAGAUCUAUGGAAGAAAAACCAAAGCUGUAACACGGAACGGACCUACCAAUCUUCCUUAUUUUCUGCAUCUGCUACUGUUGCAUCUUUUGCUGCGGCCACAUCUUUUCCCUCAAAGGACUUCUUUGGUUUCAGGCCAACAGUUGCUCAUUGUGAUGCCGGAGCAAUAAUUUCUGAAGAUCGCAUUCCUAAUAUGGGAAAUCUGGGAGGAAAAUAUUUCUACCAUGACUCCCUAAAAUAUAAUACCAAGCACUACAAAAUUGAGCUGAAACCUUUAUUUUCUGCUUUGGAAUGGAAAUCAUUUUCAAUCAUUACAUUGAGAUCAUUUCUGAUGUUCUAUUUGCCUCUUAUGGAGUCUCAUGCAAAGAUGGAACAAGAUGAUGUUGAGUUUCUACGGGACAAACAUGACCAUGAUGGCAAUUUGAGUGUUCCAUUCAAAAAGUCACUGUUUCAAAUCAUUCGUGAGGUCACUGUGGUGACAACCAGACGCAUUUUAGAAAGAGUGACUGUACACUAUGUUUCAAGAAGAAUGGCGUGGAAACUACUUAAAGAUGUUCCCCAGUCAGCUGCUCGCAAGGCUGGAAGGAAAAUGCCUACUUUAGUAUACAUCUGCUCUGUGAGCAAAACAACUUUCAGAGGGUAUAUGCUUGGAGUUUCAGCAUCGUGGCUUGUCCAAGUAGGCAUUGGAUUAUUUCAGUUCUUUAAGUCGAAGUCAAAGAAUGAAAAUUUGAGCAAUGAUGUGAGAAUUAGGGUUCUUAGACAGAAGGUUUUCCUAGCUACAGUUAGAUGCAAUGCAUCUCUAAUUUUUGCCUCAAUUGGAGCAGGGAUUGGUGCUUCUGUUAUUCGUCCUUCACUUGGCCAAUGGGUUGGUUGUGCUAUCGGUGAUUUGGUUGGUCCAGUUAUUGUAGCUGUUUGUGCUGACAAAGUUCUUCACUUGAACUUGAACCUAUAAAGUUACAAAUUGUUUUUCUAUUUUAAAUAAGAGUGACUUAUUAUGUAUUUACUUGUCAUUCUGAUUUAAACAAUUCCAAAUAGUUGCUAUUAACUUGUCAACGCAUAGAAUUUUCUUGCAUUAAAUCAGAUAUUACUAUUGA